ACACGGAAAAUAGUCGUGUCGAAAAUAUCGCUGUCUCGUUGAAGACAGCGUCUGUGCCAACAAAAAAAUCGCUUCACUCUCAUGCAUCAACGUUUUUAUAUAAUUUUACACACAGUUUAUCUAAUCAUUCCGAGCUUCGCAGUUCGCUAUGCGUGCCGUGCCAUUUCAUUACAUUCUGCUCGUGUUUAUAAAAGAUGUGUUGCCGGCUAGAAUUCUCGGCCUGUUCCCUCAUAUCGGAAAAAGUCAUCAAAUGGCAUACGACCCUUUGUUACGAAGAUUGGCUGAGAGAGGACACGAUGUCACCGCCGUAACAUUCUUUCCCUUGAAAGAUCCACCGGAACAUUACAGAGCAGUCAGCCUGGAAGGACUCACCGAAAUCAGAGUUGAAAGUAUUAACAUGUCAAUCUAUGAGGGACACAAUGUUUUCCUUCGACUUACUGGAUUGGACAGAAUUCGAUCACACAUUAGUGAAAUUCACCCGUUGGCAGACUUCGCUUUAGAUACGUGCUCGAAGUUAGUGAGUUUUAAGCCUUUAUCAGAACUACUUAGGAAAGAAUACGAUGUGAUAUUAACGGAGAAUUUCAACAGCGACUGUAUGCUAGGUCUCGCAAAUGUUUAUGGACAGAAAGCGCCUAUUGUUUAUCUGUCGUCGUGCACUGCAAUGUACUGGGCUCUGGACCGGUUCGGAGUAACGGAUAAUCCGUCAUACGUGCCCCUUGUCAGUUCAAUAUUUACCACCCCAAUGACAUUCCUACAGAGAUUAGAGAAUGCCGUGCUUAAUGUAUAUUUCAAAGUCUGGUUCCGAUACGCGAUUCAGCUUAAAGAACAAAAAAUAAUUGAGGAACAUUUCGGUAGAAAGAUACCCGAUCUUCAAGAGAUGGCGAAGAAUGUGUCUUUGAUGUUAGUGAACGCGCACCACAGCUUGAACGGUGUUCGACCUUUAAUCCCUGGUAUCGUGGAAGUAGGCGGCAUGCACUUGGAUAAAACAAGGAGACCUAUAUCACAAUUUUUCGAACGUUUCCUAAACGACUCUGAACACGGUGUAGUUUUAUUUAGUUUUGGGUCCUUAAUCAAGACAUCUACGCUACCCAAGUACAAGGAGGAUAUUAUAAUGAAAACUCUUUCCCAACUGAAGCAGAGAGUUAUCUGGAAAUAUGAAGAUAGCGCUGAAGAAGGCACCCUUGUAGGAAACGUACUGAAAGUGAAGUGGAUUCCUCAAUAUGAUCUGUUACAGCAUUCCAAAAUAAUUGCGUUCGUUGGGCACGGAGGACUUUUGGGCAUGACCGAAUCAAUCUCAGCCGGCAAGCCCAUGCUGGUGAUACCGUUCUUCGGAGACCAGCACCUGAACGGCGCUCAAGCUGAAAAGAUAGGGUUCGGUAAGGUGGUAUCUUAUGCUGAUCUCUCGGAGAAGACGUUUCUGGAUGGACUGCAAAGCGUGCUAUCUCCUGAAAUGCGAUUGAGCGCACGAAGAGCGUCGAACAUUUGGAGCGACCGACAAGCCGACCCGCUGGACACGGCCGUCUAUUGGACAGAAAGGGUCAUCCGUUGGGGACACCGAGCUCCCCUCCACUCGCCCGCGAGAGACUUGCCACUCCACCAGUAUUUGUUGCUAGACGUUGCAGCAGCGAUUUUAGUAGCAAUUCUUGUGUUAAUAGCGAUUUUAAGAUUGAUUGUUGUAUUGAUAAUCCGAUUUUUCAGCGGUAGUGUCACUGCUAAAGAGAAAUUACACUAACCUCUAUUGUAAUGUGUAGGUUGAAGGUCACAAUAAAGAAAUGUAUAGUCCUAAGUAUACUGUUAACGGGAUAUUGGCAUAAAUAUAUAUAUGUAUAGUUAACAUUAAGUAGGUAUAUAUAUAUUUAAUAUCUUGUGUCGAUACGUGUUCAGUAUAAACUAAUUACUCACUUUAUCAACUAAUUUGCUCAAAUACAAUUACCAAUGCAAUGUUAUUAUUACAGCAUGACUCGUAAUAUUCUAUCAUCAUCCCUUUUUAAGUUUUUAUUGCUUCUAAAGGCUGGCGAAUACACGAUCCGCCUAAUACUGAGUGGAACCUCCGUCAUCGACAUUGGCAAUAUCUGGAACUGGAAAAAAUGCUGUCUACUUUUUUUUCCUACCUGUUCUAGUAACCUCGGGGGGCAUACUAGAUUCUCCAGGGGAGUAGGUGAGCUCACGGAGCUCUAACCUGAGGACGUUGCUAACACUAGCCCUAGCAAGAGCAGUGCUUCGCAGAAUCUACCACCGGAUCGCACACGCGACCCACUGAGAGGAUCCGAAGAGAAACUCAGUGGGCUGUGUCUGUGGGUUAAUUUACACGUCGAGCCCUUCAUCGCAAGCGACUGGUUCGGCGAGGACGGUGACCCCCAUGUUUCCUUAAAGAUUAAGAAGACCUUUUAAAUUUUUAAAUUUUCGUAAAAUAGUUCUUAUAAAUUCCCUCAUACUAGUAGACAAAGCUAAUUGAUGGUAUUGCAAAAUAAACGAAUAAAAAUGUUUUAAAUGGAAAUGUAAAUCUUAAGAUAUUUAGUUUAAUAUUGAAUGUUUUUAUUUUAUUUCACAUCGUUUAGAUAUUUAAUUUAAAAGAAAUUAGUUUUAUGUUCCAUUUUAUAGAAUAAAUUGAAUAAUGGAUA